GCAUUUCUCCUUCUUCUUCCCCAAACUCUCUUCCCUUUCUCUUCUAUUUUCUCCCUCUAUUUCUCUGCUCAAUUCUUAGGUCCGUUGCACAAAAGUUGAGAGAUAAUGGCAGAAGUGAAGGUUCUAGGUAGUUGGGUAAGCCCUUUUAGCGCAGCUGUUGAGAUUGCUCUCAAACUCAAAGGAGUUGAAUACGAAUUCAUACAACAAGAUCUCUCCAACAAGAGCCCCUUGCUUCUCAAAUCAAACCCAGUCCACAAGAAAAUCCCUGUGCUCUUGCACAACGGAAACCCACUACUUGAGUCUCUCAUCAUCGUCGAGUAUAUCGACGACACCUUCCCGGGCACUCCCAUUUUGCCCAAACAUCCUUACGAGAAAGCCUUGGCUCGUUUCUGGGCUAAGUUCAUACACGAAAAGUUAUUUUCUGGGACCAGGAAAGCACUGUUUACUAAAGGCGAAGAGCAAGAGGGAAAAGAGGAAAUUUGUGAGGUUCUGACAAUUCUCGACAAUGAACUGAAGAACAAGAAGUUCCUUGGAGGGGAGACGAUCGGACUUGCAGAUUUAGCCGCCAAUUUCAUCGCCUUAUGGAUGGGUGUUUUUGAAGAAAUUAUAGAGGUGGAUUUGGGUGUGACGGAAGAAAAUUUCCCUCAUUUAUGUCGGUGGAAGCAGGAUUAUCUCAACUGUCAUAUAAUUAAGGAGACCUUUCCUCCAAGAGAUAAACUUUUUGCCUACAACAACAACAGACUCAACCCAGAAGCACCAACUGCAACUUGAUUUUGUUAAAUCUUCUUCAGUUUUUUCUUUAUUUUUUUUUAGCCUUCGCUGUUUUCGAUCCCUUCCCUUUAAAUGAAAAUCAAUAUUUUUUU